AUGGCGUUACCUCCCUUGCAUGCAGUGGCCGCGGUCACGGCUCCUUGGAUCAUGAUGCUAAUCAUUGUUGUCUGGGCAUUUUUACGUGGUUUAACCUGCUCAAUUUCACGUGCGACUCACACUUCCAAAACGAUUAAAAGCCUUCGCGUGGGAUUUGUACACCCAGACUUUGGUAUUGGUGGCGCCGAGAACCUCGUGGUGAACGCAGCAAUAGCUCUGCAGCAGCGUGGAAUACAUGUCACCGUAUUUACAGCUCAUCAUGAUGUAAACCAUUGCUUUGAAGAGACGCGUGGCGAAGGACCUCUGGCCGCUCACGUGCGAGUGCACGGCGAUUGGCUUCCACGCACAAUUCUAGGAAAGCUGUACGCACUGUGUGCGGUGAUGCGUAUUCUUUUUGUUACGCUGUGUAUCGCAAUAUCUUACACCAGUGACGUGGACGUGUUUGUGGUUGACCAAGUCUCCAUCUCCAUUCCAUUCUUACGAGCGCUGGGCAAGCCCGUACUCUUUUAUGGCCACUUUCCGGAUAAGCUGCUCUGCAUUCGAUCUAACUCGCCUUGGAAGCGUCUGUACCGCAUAGUUCUGGACUAUCUGGAAGGAAUUACUACUGCUUCGGCGGAUAUUAUCGUAGUUAACAGCAACUUUUCGCGAAGCGUUUUUCUGGAGGUAUUUCCGCAAUUACAGUCGAAGUCGCUGAGGGUACUAUAUCCACCGGUCGAUGUUGAAGCUUAUAAAGCAACUGCAGAUUUAAAUGUACAGCGUGAUGCGGGUCUAUUUGUGUCUCUCAAUCGCUUUGAGCGCAAAAAGAAUGUGGCCCUGGCUAUCGAAGCCCUCUCGAAACUGCGCCUAAUACUUACAAAUGGCGAUUUCAAGCGUGUAAAACUGAUUGUGGCUGGAGGCUAUGAUCGCCUGAAUACUGAGAACAAAGAGUACUUGAUUGAGCUCAAAGAAGUGGUAGUCAAGCAUAGGCUUGAUGAAUUCGUUGAGUUUCGUACAUCCGUCUCAAAAUCGAUGAAGCUUGACCUACUGCGCAAAGCUAGCGCUAUUUUGUACACUCCUGAUCGCGAGCAUUUUGGCAUUGUCCCUGUUGAGGCCAUGGCAUGUGGUACACCUGUUAUCGCUGUGAGCUCAGGUGGUCCGUUGGAGUCUAUCGCUGACGGUGAGACGGGCUUUUUGUGCGAACAAAAGCCAGAAGCGUUUGCCGAGAUCAUGGCAAAAUUUUGUGGUCCUCCUCACAGCGUAGACGUUGCUGAAAUGGGGGCGUGUGGCAGACUUCGUGCUCAGAAACUUUUUUCGCUCGAAACUUUUGGAAACACUCUGGUAGACCUGGUGAGCCAGGCUGUGUAUGGCGCAAAGUCUGCAUAG